AUGGUGGGUUACUAUGACGUUCUAGGCGUGCAGAGACAUGCCUCUCCCGAGGACAUCAAAAAGGUGCAGAGAUAUCGGAAACUGGCACUAAAGUGGCAUCCAGAUAAAAAUUCUGAGAAUAAAGAAGCAGAGAGAAAAUUCAAACAAGUAGCUGAGGCAUAUGAGGUGUUAUCAGGUGCUAAAAAAUGGGACAUCUAUGACAAGUAUGGUAAAGAAGGCUUAAAUGGUGGAGGUGGAGGUGGAAGUCAUUUUGACAGUCCUUUUGCGUUGGAUUUCACGUUCCGGAACCCAGAUGAUGUCUUCAGGGAAUUUUUUGGUGGAAGGGACCCGUUUUUCGACUUCUUGGAAGACCCAUUUGAAGACAUUUUUGGGAACCGAAGGGGUCCCCGAGGAAGCAGAAACCGAGAUGCAGGCUCAUUUUUCUCUGCUUUCAGAGGAUUUCCAUCAUUUGGAGGUGAAUUUUCUUCAUUUGAUACAGGAUUUACUUCAUUUGGGUCACUAGGUCACGGUGGCCUUACUUCAUUCUCUUCUACACCAUUUGGCGGCAGCGGGAUGGGUAACUUCAAAUCUAUAUCAACUUCUACCAAAAUAGUAAAUGGCAGAAAAAUCACUACAAAAAGAAUUGUCGAGAAUGGUCAAGAAAGAGUAGAAGUUGAAGAAGAUGGCCAGUUAAAGUCCUUAACAAUAAAUGGUAAGGAGCAGCUGCUACGCUUGGAUAACAAGUAAUUCAACGCACCCAUUUAACAGAAAUGUUAAACUAUAACAAGCACCAUUUGAGGAUUAACAGGAACAUUUUUUUGAAGAUUUCAGACGAACUCGA